CCGCCGCCGGAAGGAGCCGCCAUUUGCCACCGCCGAACGCACGGGCCGAGCCGAGCCGGAGCCGGGAACCCGAGCGGGGCUGGAGCCAGCUGGACGGCGAUGGGGGGCGGCCCCGCCGCAGGAGGCCCGGGGCGCGUAACCCCGGGAGCCCGGCCCGCUCCAGACCCGGACCCGCGGGGCGCGGCACCUUGAGCCCCCCUCCCCGCCCCCUGCCCCGGCCAUGGCUGCCCGCCCCGCCGCCCCCGGGCCGCCAGCCCUCUCGGCCCCGAAAGCCCCGGAACCCCGGCUGUGGCAGCAGUGAACUGCGCUCUCAGGCCCCGAAGACCCCGGCCCGGCUCGGCUCUCCUGCGCGCGCCCCCUUCCCGGCCUUGUCCUCUCCCUUCCCCCCGCCGCCCGAGAGCCCCCCUUGCACGCCGCCUCCCGCCCCCCCGGCGCCCGGACGAUGCUCAAGUCUCGGCUCCGCAUGUUCCUGAACGAGCUGAAGCUGCUGGUGCUGACGGGCGGGGGGCGGCCCCGGGCCGAGCCGCAGCCCCGGGGGGGCGGGGGAGGCGGCUGCGGCUGGGCGCCCUUCGCCGGCUGCUCGACCCGGGACGGCGACGGCGACGAAGAGGAGUACUACGGGUCGGAGCCGCGGGCCCGGGGCCUGGCCGGCGACAAGGAGCCGCGGGCCGGACCCCCGCCGCCGCCCGCGCCGCCGCCGCCGCCCCCGGGCGCGCUGGACGCCCUGUCGCUCAGCAGCAGCCUGGACAGCGGGCUCCGAACCCCCCAGUGCCGAAUCUGCUUCCAGGGCCCGGAGCAGGGGGAGCUCCUGAGCCCCUGCCGCUGCGACGGCUCAGUGCGCUGCACACACCAGCCCUGCCUCAUUCGCUGGAUCAGUGAGAGGGGCUCCUGGAGCUGUGAGCUCUGCUACUUCAAGUACCAGGUCCUGGCAAUCAGCACCAAGAACCCACUGCAGUGGCAGGCCAUCUCCCUGACGGUCAUCGAGAAGGUCCAGAUUGCAGCCAUAGUUCUGGGCUCUCUCUUCCUCGUUGCCAGCAUCUCCUGGCUCAUCUGGUCCUCACUCAGCCCUUCAGCCAAGUGGCAACGGCAAGAUCUGCUCUUUCAGAUCUGCUACGGCAUGUAUGGCUUCAUGGAUGUCGUCUGCAUAGGCCUCAUCGUGCACGAAGGCUCCUCUGUCUACCGCAUCUUCAAGCGCUGGCAGGCAGUGAACCAGCAGUGGAAGGUCCUGAAUUAUGACAAGACCAAGGACAUAGGAGGAGACACAGGGGGAGGGACGGCAGGGAAGCCGGGCCCCAGGACCUCAAGGACGGGCCCCCCCUCUGGGGCCACCAGCCGCCCCCCGGCUGCCCAGCGCAUGCGGACGCUCUUGCCUCAGCGCUGUGGUUACACAAUCCUGCACCUCCUUGGACAGCUGCGGCCGCCAGAUGCCCGUUCCAGUUCCCAUUCUGGCCGAGAGGUUGUCAUGAGGGUCACCACUGUCUGAAAUUGAACUCCAGGAGCGGGGAUCUUGCAUCAGUGCAUCGGCCAGAGAUAAGCUGUCAUGGCUGCUGGAGGUACCACCUGGACAAGGUGCUUGGGGUGCACUGCCCCCACCACUGAGGAUCUCUGUGGGCAGCCUCAAGCUGGAGACAUUGUCUGGCCUCUACUGCCCAUUGGGUAGAGACACCUGGAUGACAUUCCAGCCCCCACUGAUAGUUCCUCACGCUUAUCCUGGGGCAACCAGUGGGCAGGUGGGAAGAGCAUCUUUUCUUCCCUAGAGAACCGUCCUUACCUCAGCUCCUAGGGCCUCCAGCCCCCCCAGCUCCACCAUAGUGACUUGGUGAAGGGGGACCAAUGCCAGAAGAAAGGGGUUGUAGACGCCCCAUUCCCCACCCCAUGGCCACAGGGCAGCUGGCAAUAAGACUAGUAUACAUUGACCUCCCGUUCCCUGCAUGAGGGCGGGAGGGACCUCCCCCUGCUCCACCCCCCAUUGCAUGGGGGGAGGGCAUAAAGAAUCAUUUAUAUGCA